ACGCCCCCUCGGUAGGGUGCAUGCACGGGGCUCUCAGACUGCUUUAAACAGCAGUUCUGACAUGGAAACCCCAUUGCAGUUGCAGAACGAUUUCUAUCCGGAGCAGCAGUACCAGCAGUAUCAGCACUACUGCGGACGGGAGGAAGAGCGCUCCAUCAGGCACUGCACCUGCAACAACUCCUCCACCUGCGAGGAUGGGAGAAGAAGCCAGCCUUUGCACGGGACGCCUCAAACGCCACUGGGAACUUUAAGGACACUGUCCGUAUCCUCAUCAACCAGACAAGGUGGUCGGUAUAGCGAGUUCACGCCCUCUAGUCAUGGUAGUUCAUCUAGACAUCAUCAUCAUCAUCCUCACCGCGACCAGAACCGGCAGAAUACUCGGGCCAGUCCGGCCAGCAGCCACAGAGAGAGUAACUCUUACACCCAAAUAGCCAUGAGCAGCUGCAGGUAUAACGGCGGCGUGAUGCGUCCGCUCAGCAACUUGAGCUCGUCCCGCAGAAACCUGCACGAGUUUGAUUCGGAGUCACAGCCACUGCAGCCCGUCUCUGCGGCGGACGCGUCCGACAAUCUCGCCUCCAAACCGGAGAACAACUCCAGCACCCUCAUGCCUUACGCAGCGGGGGACGGAGGAGGAGGAGGGGGUGGAUGUGGCCACAGUGGCAGUAAAUCGGGCAAAAAGAAGAACCAGAACAUUGGACAAAAGCUCGGGCACAGAAGGGCCUUGUUUGAGAAGAGAAAGCGUCUGAGCGACUAUGCGCUCAUCUUUGGGAUGUUUGGGAUCGUGGUCAUGGUUAUUGAAACUGAACUCUCGUGGGGAGCCUACGGAAAGGAGUCGCUGUAUUCUUUAGCCCUAAAAUGCCUGAUAAGCCUUUCUACAAUCAUUCUUCUGGGUUUGAUUAUCAUAUAUCAUGCCAGGGAGAUUCAGUUGUUCAUGGUGGACAACGGCGCAGACGACUGGAGGAUAGCCAUGACCUACGAGCGCAUCUUCUUCAUCUGCCUGGAGAUCCUGGUGUGCGCCAUACACCCCAUUCCCGGCAACUACACCUUCACGUGGACGGCACGGCUAGCCUUUUCCUACGCGCCAUCCAAGACGGACGCUGAUGUGGAUAUCAUCCUGUCCAUUCCCAUGUUCCUCCGUCUGUACCUCAUCGCUCGGGUCAUGUUGCUUCAUAGCAAACUCUUUACAGAUGCUUCUUCUCGCAGUAUCGGUGCUCUCAACAAGAUAAACUUUAACACACGUUUUGUCAUGAAGACCCUCAUGACUAUUUGUCCCGGCACAGUGCUGCUGGUGUUCACCAUUUCCCUGUGGAUCAUCGCCGCCUGGACUGUGAGGGCAUGCGAAAGAUACCAUGACAACAUAGAUGUAACCAGCAACUUUCUUGGAGCCAUGUGGUUGAUCUCAAUAACUUUUCUAACCAUUGGAUAUGGGGAUAUGGUCCCCAACACGUACUGUGGGAAAGGAGUCUGUCUCCUUACUGGCAUUAUGGGUGCCGGAUGCACUGCUUUGGUGGUCGCUGUGGUCGCAAAAAAACUGGAAUUAACCAAAGCUGAAAAACAUGUACAUAACUUUAUGAUGGACACCCAGCUGACAAAAAGGGUGAAAAACACAGCUGCUAAUGUACUCAGGGAGACGUGGCUCAUUUAUAAAAACACCAAGCUGGUGAGGAAGAUGGACCACGCCAAAGUCAGGAAACAUCAGCGCAAGUUCCUUCAAGCCAUUCACCAAGCUCGGAAGUACCACUGUUGGGCUCUGAAUGGUCUUGUGUUCAGAUUAAGAAGUGUAAAAAUGGAGCAACGCAAGCUGAAUGACCAAGCAAACUCUCUAGUGGACCUUGCAAAGACUCAAAACGUCAUGUACGAUCUGGUCUCAGACCUGAACGAGAGAGGUGAGGACAUGGAAAAGAGGAUCGCGCUGCUGGAGACCAAACUGGAGACGUUGCUCAGCAACUUGCAGGCACUUCCAGGCCUCAUCAGUCAGGUGAUCAGCCAGCAGCACCGGGACUUCCUGGAGGUGCAGCUGCAGCCGUAUGACAAACACAGCCACGAGCGCUCGCAGUCUGUCUCCCGACGCCGAUCGUCCUCCACCACGCCGCCCACUUCUUCUGAGAGCAGCUAGACCUGCCGGUACCUCCGGAGAAGACUUUCGCCAUCAUAUGGCCAAGUUGCAUUUUACUGUAAAGCCUUAUGGUUUCAAUAAAGUAUUAUCCAAAUUCUGAUGACACAAUCAGAGGUUUCCGGGGGAUAAUGCGUUUGAAAUGGAAACGUCCACAUAUCUUGUUGAUUUGCUCUUUUUAUUUUAUUUUUUUUACUUCUAAAUGAUACUGUUUCUCUGUUGACAGGAUCACAGAGAGACUUUUCUCAGUAAAUAAUGAUUGCAAGACGGGGCUAUCAGGUGAGCAAGACCUUAGAGUCGCCUCUCGGGUGACUUCAUUCAGGAAAGCAAUGUGGUGACCUCAAAUGGCACGAAAUAGCAAAGUGCCAGACUAGUGCUUCCUUACGAAUUGUCUGUCUUUGCGUAUGUGAAUACAAUUUGACCUGUUCCUUAAAUCAACAGGCAAUAUUAACUCUUUAUUGAGGAAAUAAUAGCAUGUCUGAACCCAAUACAGGGGCAGGUGAGGAAUGACUCCCGUCCUUGUCCGAAACAGUGAUAAUAUAGAUUUACACACUCAAAGGAAACAUAUAUCUUUUAGGUUAGAAACGGCAUCAGCUGUAGUGUUCCUCUGUUGUAGCCCUCUAAAAGUGACUACUCCUUUCAAAAAUGAAUGCAUCUGAAUCUAUAACUUGCACUUUGUCAAUGCACUUCAAUGCUUCUUGACUAUAAUAUGAAUUUGUGUUGCUCAUUAAAAUAAAAAGACACCUUUAGUCAAAAUAUAAUGGCCAGAAUGUACAACAAUAAUGAUUGUGUAAGCUAAGGCAAGGGCAGCAAGUUUAAUUCCCUUGUGAUACUAAAAACGAGACCUCAACUGAAAUUACUGUGCUUAAAAUGUAGAUGUUAGAUUGCUGCAGUCAUUGCACCAUAAGUUGUAAACUCUCCAUUAGUUCCAAUCGCAAUUGACAUAUCUCUAUGAAAUAAGCUGAGAGGGAACUCUCUCGGUUCACUGUGUGCUCUACACUUAAACAGUCUUCAAAUCUAGAUGAAAAGAGAUUUAUAGAUGUGUCACAUCUGAUUAAGAGCAGCAAAUAUCUUGUAUAUGUUUGGAAAUUACUAUUUUUGUAUAUUAAUGAGGACAAGCACACCUCCAAAAGCGUGUCUUUCUCAAAGGAUGUACUGCAAAGAAUUGUGUUUGAAUGUGUAAGUGGGGCAUAGUACCAAAGCUUUAAAAAUGGGCAAAAGUUGGGAAAUGGACAGUACCUGUGACCAUACUUGGAGACUCUGGAAGUUCCUCUGUAAUGGCAGCAUCUUUCUCAGUAAACUGGACAGCACCAUUGUGGAUCUCUGGCAUAUCUUGAACAACCUGUGAAUUUAGAUUCUGUAUUUUAUAGUGUUAAAGGUAAAAAACAAACAAUCAAAUAACAGCACAAAACAAAGAAGUGUCAUGCUUAUUCUUCAGUCAAUCUGACCAGUUCCCCACCAUUCAGAACAUGAAAGUCUGAUAUAGAGAAUUGAUUACUGCAAGACAAUUUAUGUAAGAGGGAAUUGUAUCCUAUGAUUGGUACACGGUACUCUACUAUCAGUUAUUGAUAGCACGUUAUUGAUAGAUUUUCACACUUUGGUCUCUAAAGAUAUAUGAUGGGUUGGUAUUGUAUUAAUUGGUGCAUCACAUAACCUGACCCAGCAAAAAUACAUCCCAGACUAUAGUGUCAUAAAGGGGGUACAGGAACUUUCGAAAAGAUGGUGGGUUCAGCAAUUUCACCAACAUUGAGUCAAUGAGUGAUUAUACUGUAUGCAAAAUGAAUAUAAACAAUAAAAUGAAACUAUUU